AUGAAAGAAUGGGAAAAAGUCAAAGCAGAAAAGGCGAAGCGCCUGAUAUCUGAAACAGAUGAAGAUGUUUUAGCAGCAGAGGAAGAUGAAGAAAAGCUGCUACCUCCCAAAGGAUUAGAAGAAAGCCGAACUGUUCAAAAUCCCGAUGAACAGGUUGAAAGUGAUUCAAACUCCAAAAAUGCGUCUGCCACCGUCGAGAAGAGGAAGGAGGAGGAGGAAAAGGAAGAAGAAGUCUGGAAACCACCCACGAAAAAAGUCCCGGUAUUUUUGUUAAUUACUCUCCUGCAGGCUCAUAAGCUCCCGAAUCUGAUCAAGGAUGGCGAGGCGAUGAAAUGCAUCCUGGAUGCUCUACUGGUGCUAACGAAACAAGGUGACUUCGUCCGCCUCUCAGAAUUAUCAGGCAAAGGACCCCACACUGACACAUUCAAAAUAUUUCAGAUCGCUUAUAUGAACGUACUCGCACAUUGUACUAUCAUCACCGUCGGCGAUCCUUGCAAGGCUGAAGCCCAACAAUACUUCAACGAAAAUCUGAUCGGAACCUUGAAGAAAAAAUUAGACCAGCAACCAGUGUAUGAUGCUAGAGGGGGAAAGCAAGGGGAUUUGAUUUUGAAGCCAGAGGAGACUGAUACAGAUACCAAAAGACAUCCGGAUGGAUAUGAUCUUGAGUUUGAGACAGUAUAUAAGACCUUUGGCGGUAAAUUGGCUCAUCUACAAGGUUUUGUGGGAGAUUAUUCCCGCAACUUUUAA